AAAUAGCGUGCGUUCGGAACUUGGAACCCACACUUGUAAUCGUAGUAUUGUUGUUUACAGUAUGACAAGUUGACAGCCGAAGAACAACUAUAUAACUGGAAGUAGUAUGCGCUUAAAAAAAUUCUUGUUACGCUAUUAUCCACCAGGGAUAAUUUUGGAGUAUGAACAAUCUGGCAUCAUGAAGUCAAAGUCUAUAGAUUUGCUGGAUUUGAAACCAACAACUGAUGUGGAUAUCUUGCUUGAUGACAUUGUUGCUAAGGAACCAUUGAUUACACCUUCCAAGAUGGAGCAAGUUAGAAAGUUGAUUCUUAGACUCCAAGAAAAACAAGCAGAAAGUGUGGAUCACCAUUUUUACCUCUUCAAGGUUUUAAGAGCUCACAUCCUACCACUGACUAAUGUGGCUUUUAACAAGUCUGGAACAAGUUUCAUAACAGGAAGCUAUGACAGAACAUGUAAAGUGUGGGAUACAGCCUCAGGAGAAGAGCUUCACGUAUUGGAAGGACACAAGAAUGUUGUGUAUGCAAUUGCAUUUAACAAUCCUUAUGGGGACAAAAUAGCCACUGGAUCAUUUGACAAGACAUGCAAGCUAUGGAGUGCUGAGUCAGGAAAGUGCUACCACACUUACCGAGGACACACUGCAGAAAUUGUAUGUGUGGCAUUCAAUCCACAAAGUACAGUGGUGGCAACUGGAAGUAUGGAUACAACAGCUAAGUUAUGGGAUGUGCAAAAAGGAGCUGAGAUAUCUACCCUAUCAGGCCAUUCAGCAGAAAUUAUUUCUUGUUCAUUUAACACAACUGGAGAUCAACUGCUCACAGGCUCCUUCGAUCAUACUGUAAGUGUGUGGGACACGGCAACUGGCAGGAGAGUGCACACCCUGAUUGGUCACAGAGGGGAAAUUUCCAAUGCACAAUUCAACUUUGAUAGUUCAUUUAUCGUGACUGGAUCAAUGGACAAGACAUGCAAAAUUUGGGACUCCAGGACAGGACAGUGUAUUGGUACAUUAAGAGGUCAUGACGAUGAAGUUUUGGAUGUGUGUUUUGAUUUUACUGGUCAGUACGUAGCCACAGCUUCUGCAGAUGGUACUGGAAGAGUGUAUAAUGCUCUUACUCAUCACUGUGUUUCAAAACUAGAAGGCCAUGAAGGGGAAAUUUCAAAGAUAUCUUUCAGUCCUCAAGGCACUAGAUGUUUGACAGCUAGCAGUGACAAAACAGCCAGACUUUGGGACCCAUUAUCUGGGAAAUGUGUACAGGUACUUGAAGGCCAUACAGAUGAGAUUUUCAGCUGUGCAUUCAAUUACGAAGGAAACAUAAUAAUAACAGGUAGCAAAGACAAUUCAUGUCGACUUUGGAGGUAGACGAUGGGGUACAGAUAGAAGGAAACUAAAGCUCAAGAUAUUUAAAAACAGAGUGUAAAGAUCCUGUUGAUUCAUAAUUAGAUUCAACAGCUGAUUUAAUAGUUAUUUUUAUGUACUAUGCCUCAAUGUAACGUUUAUUCAAAAAAAAAUUAAAAUUAAAAUUCUUCUCCCUGUU